GAAGCGGACGCGUUUUAUUACCAGUAACUCUGAAAACGUGAGUGAAUGAUCCCUCGGCUAAAGGGAAAGUCGUACUGAAGUGUCAUGUGAUCGAUGAAAUAAUGAGCAAGCAACUGACUUUAUGUGAUCGUGUUUUUUGAUUUUGCUGUGGUGAAAGAUGGCACAAACUGCGCGGUUGUCUUUCUUGUAAAAUUGUAAUUGUAUUUACAUAUUAACAAAAUGCCUAAGGAGAAUAAUCCGACAAAAAAGAACUAAAAUUUGGUAAUUGCCACGAGCCAAAAACUGCGAAAACAAAACCGUGUGAAAAACUGAGAACAAAAGCAAAAACACAAACAAGCCCCGUGGCGUUCAAAAAACAAAAUCGAGAGCAUCAGCGAGGUGGUAAAAAACUGAGCCAGUAGAUCCGAGAGGAUGCACUUUGGCCAGGAGACGAGGCCAUCAUUGGGGCUCCUGGCUGUGGCUGAGUCGACCGCAACGGCAAGUUGAUGUUGCCCCCGUCCUGGCAUCUAAUUGGGGCCCUCCUAGUGCUCGCGGCAACAGCGGGGGACUCCACCAACAAGAUCAUCUUGCCGCAGAUUCUAAACGGUGGCGUCGGGGGGAGCGUCGGUAUUGCCCAGGGCAAACAUCCGUCCGGCACCAAGACAGUGACGGUUGGAGUGGUUCCAAACUUUGGUGGACCAGGAACAGGAGGAGCGGGAGUAGGAGGAGGACCCGUGGCUGGCAGCGGAACCGGAAGCACGGUGGUCGGGAGCAAUGGCGUGAUUGUGGCCGGAGGUGGGGCCAAUGUGCCGACCUCGAAUUUAAACAUUGUCGUCGAAGAACCCGAAUUUACUGAAUACAUCGAAAAUGUAACUGUACCUGCUGGACGUAAUGUUAAACUCGGCUGCUCUGUUAAGAAUCUGGGAUCAUAUAAGGUCGCCUGGAUGCACUUCGAGCAGUCGGCCAUCCUGACCGUUCACAAUCACGUGAUCACGCGAAAUCCGCGCAUUAGUGUCACGCACGACAAGCACGACCGGCACCGCACGUGGUAUUUGCAUAUAAACAACGUGCACGAGGAGGACCGGGGUCGAUAUAUGUGCCAGAUCAAUACGGUGACGGCCAAAACGCAGUUUGGCUACCUGAACGUUGUGGUUCCCCCCAACAUCGAUGACUCGCUGAGCUCCAGCGAUGUAAUUGUCCGAGAGGGUGCCAACAUUUCGCUGAGGUGUCGGGCCAGCGGCAGUCCCAGACCCAUUAUCAAAUGGAAACGGGACGAUAACUCCCGCAUAGCCAUCAAUAAGAAUCACAUAGUGAAUGAGUGGGAGGGCGACACCCUGGAAAUAACUCGCAUUUCCCGCCUGGACAUGGGCGCCUAUCUGUGCAUCGCCUCCAAUGGGGUUCCUCCCACGGUUUCCAAGCGCAUCAAAGUCAGCGUGGACUUUCCCCCAAUGCUGCUUAUACCCCAUCAAUUGGUUGGUGCUCCAGAAGGUUUCAACGUCACCAUCGAAUGCUUCACCGAGGCACAUCCCACAUCUCUGAACUAUUGGACACGUGGCGAGGGACCAAUCAUCCACGAUUCGCACAAGUACAAAGUUGAAGCCACAAUCGGAGUGCCAGCUUAUAAGACCCACAUGAAGUUGACCAUCAUCAAUGUGAGCAGCGGCGAUGAUGGCAUCUACAAGUGUGUGGCCAAAAAUCCCCGAGGUGAAACGGAUGGCAUUAUACGAUUGUACGUAUCCUAUCCUCCGACUACUGCCUCGUCGGGCAUAUACUCCACCGAUUCGCAUUGGGGAGAGAAUGGGAUCAACAACAACUAUGCCUACGGUGGCUCUGACUCAACGCGUUCUAUAUAUGCACAGGAUAAAAAUACGCGAUAUCAAUCGAAUUUGAAUGAAAUCGGUUUAUCUGAACAAAAAUCCUUCCUAGAUAAGACCCAGAAUCCCCUCGUGGCCAAUGGCAAUGCCAACGAGGCCGAUGCGGAAACCAAUGGAGGCCACAAUCCUUCAAUGGCCAUUGCGUGGCUGUUGGUCCUCAGCUCGACAUUAUUGUUAACAAUCCGAUCUGCGGUUGGUUCUAGCCCUAGCCUAAGUCUAUGUUAGUUAAUGCAAAUCAAGCUUAGAGUUAGCUGUUUCAACUAU